AUGCGCUCAUCUCCUCGCUCCGUGCGCUCCGUGCGCUCUCUGCGGUCUGUGCGCUCUGUCCUUUCUGCACGCUCAGCGGAGCCCGAAGAGGCCGAGAAUGCCAGCUACUCGGACGACUUCGAUGCCACCAUGGACUCUCAGUCAGAGGCGCAGCUAGAUUCUUCGGUCGCUGAGGAUGCGAGGCGCACGGCGGCGGCGGAUAGGCGGCAGGAAAUCGCUCGGCGGCAGGAGGCAGAUGCCAAGCGCACCGUGCUGGCUUCCAAGGUCUCCGAGGGGUCUGAGAAAUCGGGAUCCGUUGACGAGGAGGUCGAUGAGGAGAUUCCCAGCGAAGAUUUCGAUGCUCUCAGCGAGAACUCCAACUCCUUCUACGACCCGGAGGCGAAGCGCCGCGAGGAAGAGAUGGAGAAGCGCCAAAGGGAGGAGGAGGAAAGGAAGAGGAAGGAGCAGGAAGCGGCCGAGGAGCAACGAAGGCGUAAGGAAGUGGAUGAGGCCAACAGACGUUUGGCUGAGCGGAAGAGGCAAGAGGACGCUCAGAGGCGGGCAAAGGAGGAGCAGGAGCAAGCUGAACAAGCCCGGAAGAAGGCAGAAGAAGCAGAGCGUGAGAGAAAGUUGGCGGAGGAGCGACAGAAGAAGGCUGAGGAAGAGCGCGUGAGGAAAGCUGAGGAGGAGCGCGUGAGGAACGAAGCGGCGGAGCGAGCGAGAAAAGCCAAAGAGGAGGAGGAGAGAAGGAAGCAAGAGGAAGAGAAGGUGAGAAGGAUGGAGGAGGAAGCGAGACAGAAGCAGAAAGAGGAAGAGGAGCGUGUUGAGAAGGCUGAGCAGGCGCAGCAGCAGCUAGAAGAGGAGGACCGCGCGAGAAGGAUGGAGGAGGCAGCGAAGCAGAAACAAGAAGAGGAGGAGCGUGCGAAGAAGGAGCAGGAUGCGCGCCAGAAGAAGCUGGAAGAGGAAGAGCGUGCAAGAAAGGUGGAGGAUGAUGCAAGGCAGAAGAAACAAGAGCAGGAGCUUGCGAGAAAAGCUGAGCAAGAGGCACAGCAGAAACGACAACAAGAAGAGGAAGAGCAUGCAAGAAAGGUGGAGGAUGAUGCAAGAAAAGCAAUGGAGGAGGAAGAGGAGGCGAGGCAGACGCAGAAGCAGCAGGAAGAGGAGCUUGCAAGGAGAACCGAGUCGCAUCAGCUGAGGCUGGAAGAGGAAGAGCAAGCCAGAAACGCGGAGGAAGCGAGGCAAAAGCAGAAACAGCAGGAACAGGAGCUUGCAAGGAAAGCUGGGCUGGAGGCAAAGCAGAGGAAGAGGGAAGAGGAAGAGCAGGCAAGAAAGGUGGAGGAUGCCGCAAGGCGGAAACAGAACCUGGAGGAUGAACUUUUGAGGAAAGCUGACAGGGAGAAGCAAGCAAAGAACCUCACAACAGACGAAUUUGGGCUGGCAGUGGCUGAUGAGUGUCACUUUCUCCGGCGAGAAUUACAGAGGGAAGAGGACCUUCGACGACUCCCGGUGGAGUCAUUGGCAGACAGGCUGCCAAAGACAGAUUUCCGACCAGAGCCAGAGAGAGGAAACCGAAGCGAGGAGGAUGCCCGGUAUGGAAUGAAGGCCUCAGAUCGGAUUGGAAGCCCACGGAGAUUGGAUUUGACCUCGCCAGCCAAGGCAGUGGAGGAGGGGCAUGGAACCCCUGGUCGGUGGGCCAAAGAGGAGCCGAAUAGCCGCUACAAGCAGGAGGAGUGGAGCUGGGACCGCUGGGGCCGCUGGGGCUGGAGCCACUGGGGCUCCCAGGACUGGUGGGGCCGAUGGGAGGACCCCUGGCAGUCGGAGAAGGAGAACCUCUGGUCCAGCCCCACGGGCGGGCUGUGGCGAAGGUGGCCCAGAGAUUCGGAUCCCAGGCUGCAUCAGCUUCAGCACUACACAGGCGCGGGCUUCUAUCCACCGAUCGCGCUGGCUUCACCCUUUGGCCUAGGCCACCAGCUUGCGCUGCAGGACUGCUCCACGCAGGCCCGACCAUUUGCAGGCGACGGUUAUUUGGCCUUUCAGCCGCCCCCGCGACCAGAGCGCAGGCUCGUGCUGGAAGAAAGCCCUCUCAGCCUGCACGAGACAGGGCAAUUGGUGCAGCGGCCAGGCCCCUUGGAGACCACCGCGCAGCGCCCGGAGGUUUCGGAGCGCCCGGAGCGCCCGGAGCCCGAGCCACAGGAGCCACAGGAGGCCUCCUUCGAGGCGCAGCUGCUGGAGGCGCUGCUGGCGGUCGUGGAGGAGAUGCUGCAGCUGAAGUACGGCAAGACCUGCGACGCCGUGCAGCUGCGGCGGCAACUGCUGCGGAGGGGGGCGGGUGAGCAGAUCACGGUGCAGCGGAUGGUGGAGCACUUGAACUCCCAGGAGCUCUGGGCGGACGUGGGGCACCAGGUCCGACUGGUGCUCCAAAUGCGGCAGCUCAGCUUCCAGGAGCUGCUGAGCCGUCUGCGGCGCUUCGCUGGCACCUCCUGCGCCAUUUGCGUCAGGGCGUCGGCAGGCGGUGUCCGCGCGCUGGCGGUCUUUCGUGCGGCCAGAGGCGCGGUGUGCGGGCGCGGCGGCAAGCGGGCGCUGGAGCAUGUGCCGGAGGAGGAUUUCUGCAGCGCAUUCGCGCUGGAGCCGAAGAUCUUGGCGCCUGCGCCGCCACUGACUGCGGAGUUCCAAAGUCUGGACGAAGCAGAGGAGGCAGAGGAGGCCCCGGUUGCCAGGACCUCGCCGCAGCUCCUAGCGGCGCUGCAUGCGCCGCUGCCCUCCACGGUGGUGUUCCGCCAGGCAGCCAAGGCGUUGGAGCUGGACGAGCUGCAGGUCUUGCCAGAGCUGCUGCAAAGGUUGGUGGCCUGGUUUCGCAGCACUGAUCAGUGCCUAGUGGCAUCAGCCCAGAGGUCCCUGGCAGAGGCCCCGGGGCACAGGGCCCUGGUGGGGGCCAUGCAGCGUGGCCUGAGCUUGCCGGAGCUCUGCCAUUUGGUGCUGCAGGUGGUGGGCCGCAGCUGCCGGCACCAUGUGGAGAAUGCUGCAGCCUUCGUACAAGCUGGUGCCGCCAAGCAAGUUUGCCUGGUUUUGGAGAGGCACCAGGGCCACAAGGAGUUGCAGCGCCAUGGGCGCGGGGCCUCGAGGGCCGGCAAGGAGUCAAACGAGUGGGGUGCGCUCUUGGAUCGGAGGCGUCCAAACGCUGCCCCGCUGCUGGCGCCGAGCAACAAGCCGCCGAGCGAAAAGCCGCGGCAGCAGCAAGAGGGGCGGAUGUGUCCCAUCACCGGCCUCGAAGGCGUUUGCCCCAUGGCGAGGAAGCCGCAGCUCAAGGAAGGCGAGAAGCCUCCGGAGCUGAAGGUGUUGAUGUUCCUCAUGUGGGAGGAGGGCGAGUCCAAGGUGAGCGUUGGGGUGUAUCCACACCAAAGUCAGCACUGGGAAGCCCUGCAACUACCGGACACCACACGCAAGGAACAGAUCAAGGCUCAGUACCGAAAGCUGUCAGUGAAGUACCAUCCUGACAAGAACAAGGAGGAGGGCGCCAAGGAGCGGUUCCAGCGCAUCACGGAGGCCUAUGAGGCCCUGAAGGACCGGCUCCGAGGGCGCUUGAAAGCUGCGAGGCCCAUUUGA